AUGCGUUUACUAAAAUAUGGAAGAGAACUAAUUGUUUUGUUAUAUGUAAUUCAAAUAUUUGUCAUUAAAACUAAAAAGAUUUUAUCGUCAGAAAAACAAUGUCCACACAAAAUAUAUCCUCCUAUAAAUAAGGAGUUAUUUAAUAUAAAGAAUAAUGGAUAUAGAUUUUUGAGAAAGGUUAAUUUUCUUUUUUUUAAAGGAAAAAAGAGUGAUUAUGAAAUGAAGAAUUUAGAAAAUGUCCCUUUGUUUGCUGUUACCAAUGAAUUUGAUGAAAUAAUAUUAUCCUUUCACUUUAAUAAUAAUAAUAAUAGUAACAAUAAUAACAAUAAUAGUAACAAUUUAUAUGUUAAUGAAAAAGAAUUCUUUGAUAAACAUAUUAAAUUAUCCAAUGAAGAAAAUAAGCUAUUAUUUCCUAUGGUUUUAUAUAAUGAUGAAUAUAGAUCACAAAUUAAUGUCAAUGAAAUUUAUGAUCCUACUAAUUCGGUUGCUAUAUUUUUUUUCGAUUUAAAAACUGCUGAAGCUUAUAGAGAUGAUAUUUUAUAUUUAUAUAAUAAAAAUUUAAAAGAAGAGAAAAAAACCAACACUCCCUUUUUUGGUUCAAAAAUUAUGCUAACCAAUUUAAGUUAUUUUAUGAAAAUUAAAAACAUGUAUAAAUCAAAAAUUAAUUUUAUAUUAAUUCCUAAUUAUGAACAACUACAAAAUGUUCUCAAAAAUAAAAAGGUUUUUUAUGGUACACCUAUAUAUUAUAUUAAUAAAAUAAAAUUGCGCAAAUCAAUAUUAAAAAAAAAAUUUUUCCACUUGUUUUAUAAUGACUUAGAAAAAACAAAAAGGGUUCAAUUAUAUCCUAAUGUGUAUUUAACUUACACAAUUGAAGUUACAAAAAAUGAAAAAAUAAAUAAAUCUGAUGAAAAGGAAGGAAAUCACAUGAAAGAUAAUAGUAAUAAUAAGAAUGAUGAUCAUAAUAAUGAUCAUAAUAAUGAUCAUAAUAAUAAUCAUAAUAAUAUUCAUAAUAACAAUGAUAAUGAAGAAACGUUAAUUAUACAAAUCGAAACUAAAGAUCAAAAAAAAUAUAUACCCAUUUUUUUUUCGUAUGAACAAGCUAGCCAAUUUUAUAAUAUUUUUUUAAAACAUUUCCAAAAUAAUUUUACAGAAUAUUGCCUUCCAAAACCUAAUAUAAUUUUAAACUCAUUUGAAAAUCUUAUUACUGCAUUAAAAUAUUCUAAUUAUAAAAAACUUACAAAUUUUCAUAACAUCUUUUUUAUGCCAACUAAUGUUUCAUAUGAUGAAGAUGUCUAUGCUCCAAAGAAAAGUUUUUUUACUUUUUGUAUGAAAAAAAUUUUUCAAAAAAUAAAUUAUGACUUGUUCAGGUCAUUUCGAAAAAAUUUAAAUUACUUGAUAUCUGAUUAUAUAUAUGACAAAUGA